CAUUACCCAAUUAAUAUAUUUAUAUUAUAUGUCAUGUAACACGUACUUUCUUUGAGUGUCUUUUCCAAUGAUAGGAUUUUCUAUAAGAACAACGAAUGCUUGCACUCUCUGCAACGCAUUGAAGCAACGUACCGUGCCAAUAGCUUCUUUCAUCUCAUGGCCACAUUUCCGUCUCUCUCCCACGACGGCUCCCUUCCGCCAAAGGUGCAAGAAGAUAAGAGGGAGGCAGAUCCAACUCUUGCACAAGGAAUUUCGGAGUACAGUGACCUCAUCUCAACCCUUCCCUUAGACAAAGGAUGGGAACCUUAUCUCCUCCGAAAAUACCAAGGUUUUUGGAUCGCCGAAUACAUACUCCCAGGCAUCAUCGCCCUCCAACAACACUUCAAGGCUUGCCACAGCGACCUCUUCCUCAUGAGCUACCCAAAGUCCGGCACUACCUGGUUAAAAGCACUAGCUUUUGCCACCAUAAACCGAAAUCGGUACCAGUUUGCCGACCAUCCUCUCCUCAGCCACAACCCUCAUGACUGCAUCCCCUUGAUUGAUAUCGACUUUGCCUCCAAAAUUAAAGACACGCCUUCCCCUAGGAUCCUCCAGUCCCACGCUCCUUACUCACUGUUACCAGACUCUAUCAAGGCUUCUGACUGUCGAAUAAUAUAUGUUUUCCGGGAUGCAAAGGAUGUGUUUGUUUCGGACUGGUUCUUCUUUAAUAGGUUGAGGAGAUCCAACGGGCUGGAGCCAAUACCAUUCGGUAAGGCUUUUGAGUUGUUUUGUGAGGGUGUUUGCUCGUAUGGGCCAAUAUGGGAUCACGUUCUUGAGUACUGGGAAGAGAGCUUGCGGAGGCCUGAGAAGGUGCUGUUCUUAAACUAUGAGGAGAUGCUGGCGGACCCGGCAGGGAACGUGAAGAGGUUGGCGAAGUUCAUGGGAUGCCCCUUCUCCACUGACGAAGAGAAGGAAGGUGUGGUCGAGGAGAUUGUAAGGUUAUGUAGCUUUGAGAAACUGAAGAACCUGGAGGUAAAUAAGAGGAGUAAAUUCGUACUGCCGAACGUCAAAUUUGAUAAUGAAUCCUAUUUUAGGAAAGGAGAGGUGGGAGACUGGAGGAAUCAUAUGAGUCUUGAGAUGGCUCUUAGGUUGGACGGGAUCAUUCAAGAAAAGUUGAGAGGAACCAGUCUGACCUUUGGCGGUGUUGGGGACUCUGACAGCAGCCACCACCAGCAGCUGAGUUCGUAGGUCAUGAAGGAUUAUCCAUGAUCCAAAAUGUUUUAAGAUCAUGUAGUUUCUGCAGUGCUUUGGUGUAGCCGAAUAAAUAAAUA